CAUUUCGUCGUCAAAUUUCCUCGUAACUCAAUGUCUUGAGGAGGAAAGAUUGCGAAGCGGCUGUCACUCAACACAGAGUACCCUGUCAGUCAGGCUUCACCAGCCACGCCUAUUUUACACUCGGAAUACCCAUGAGACAAAACCCGCUAGUCAACUUAAAGACGACGCUGUUGCUCGACAGUGGCAACAUGGCGGCCAAGUAUUGGCUUGGUAUUGCCAUCUGCUUGUCUGUCGUAUCCGAAUACAGCUGUCAGCGUACCUGCAGUCUGACUGCUGGCCGUCUACCAAUUUCUGUCGGAUACUGUACUGAUGAAGACGGCAACCGGAUAGCUGCAAAUCUUCAAUCCAGACUCCCCAGCCGCAGUACAUGCAGAGUUACCUGCCUUGAGGAUGCAGAGUUACGGUUCCUGAUCUGUGACGACGGGACAUGGCAUAUGACACCCAAUCUUUGCAAUGGUAUGGAGGAUGUCCAGCUGGUACCAAGACGACGUCAAAAACGUUGGCUCUGGAUACCAAUAUUAAUAAUAGGGUGGUGGGGAUCAAGACCAGGCCCUCCUCCAGACCGAUCUCCUCCAGUGGUCACCUGUCCAAUGGAUAUCCAUAAGUUCUCAGACCCAAUCCAAACAAGCACUAAGGUGUACUGGAACGACGACGAUGCGUCAGCCUACGACAACAAAGAUAGACAUGUUGCUGCCUGCCAGAGUAAUACCGACCGAACCCGGGUCGUCACGUCGUCUCUGCGUCUCCAGGCGGUAACUCUGCAUGUACUGCGGCUGGGGUCUGGGCCAGACUGCGGCUAUCGGCGCUGCGUGUUUCAUCGACGCGGUAACAUCCGGCCGGCGCCGAUCGAGUGCGCUGUUUGGGAAUGGUGUGAUUGCCUGCGGCUGGCGCGAAACGACGGCUUUGUGGCGUCGUACGUUGCAUUUGGUGACCGCGGUGAUGUUUGA